CCAGCAGAAACUUUUGUGACUUGUCGUUGUCCAAGAAUGAGAAAGGCUACCAUGAAAACACAAAGACAGUAGAGUCAAGAGAAAACCUCCUAUAGUUAGAGUAAUUGGCUGCAUCAUGGUUGAGUUCGACCCGUAUGGAUUUGCCGUGCAGAAUGGGGAAGAUGACGAGGAACGCUGCCACGAAUACUGGUUUGUCGAGACGGCCAAGCAUAGCGACCGCACUCACAACUGGGACAAGAUCCUGAAGAACUGGAACGACUACACAACGGGCACGCCACCACGGAUUGCAAGUCGUCUGCGACAAGGCGUUCCUCGCAUGCACCGCGGUGCUGUCUGGAGAAAGCUCCUGGCGUCGGAUGUGCUCAGAACGAACAGCACGUUUGAUUUCAAGGCCACUCUUGGACGGUUGAUGGUGUUCUUUUCCGACAACGGUCUUCGUGAGAUUGGUGGCCAUAACACAAUCAGCAGGCUCUCGACGCUAGCUGAUGAUUGUGUGGACGAGGGUCGUGCCAAGCAUUACGUAGCACUAAAGCAAAUUCUGCUUGACACUGGUCGUACAUUCCCUAGCCACCGGCUCUUCAUUGAGGGAGAUAUGGACGCAGCUGCGUUGGCCCGCUGCGACCAGAACCUGGCAAAGUUUGGCGGCUGCACCGGGAGCUCUCGACCGCGUCUGUUGCACAUCCUGGCUGCGUACGAGCGCUACAACUCGGCGGUGGGGUACUGCCAGGGCAUGAGUUUUAUAGCAGGAAUGCUGCUUAUACACAUGGAUGAGGAGGAUGCGUUCUGGUGCUUGGCAUCCUUGUUCGAGCGGCCAAAGUAUCUCCUUGGUUUCUUCGACGCUUCCUUGUCAAAGAUGCAUCUGUAUGCCAACAUCUUCAAAGAACUCCUGCAUCACCAUCUGCCAGAGCUGAGCGAGCACUUGGAUCAACACAAUGUGUACCCGUUGCUCUACUUGACUCCAUGGUUCAUGACACUGUUUACAUUGCUACCUUGCUGGGAGACUGUCCUUGCUAUCUGGGACUUGAUGCUGCUGGAGGGCAUCACCGCCAUCUGCAGAGUGGCGUUGGCCAUUAUGCGUCUGCUCUCGGACCAACUACUGGCUACGAAUGAUAUCAGUACCAUGAUUCGACUUCUCCAGCACCUCCCAUAUGACAUUGUGAAGCCGAGUGUCCUGAUCGACGCCAUCUGGUCGUUUGAGGUGCACCAGUGGGAGCUCGGCGCUCUGCAGAACCUCCUGGCUGAUCGUCAGCAACAGCAGGCUGACAUGGACAGAAAGCAGCGACUUGAAGCAGCGAAAUCCAAGCAUGCCACUGGCAGCAGCGCUCGUCGUACAACUCGUGCCGGUGCCAAGCGUGCCUGUACAUCACACUCACACGAUGACCGUGACACACCUGCUGCAGCAGUAUCCAACAGCAGCAGCAGCAGCAGCAACGGUGCCGCUGCUGGUGUCAGGAGUAGUGACAUGCGUCCGGCUAAAAAGCGUAUCUGUUCCACUUCAUCCUCAGGUCGUACGACGGCAGGUCACACACCUUUAACAUUGGCCAGCUCCACGCAGAGUAGCAACAGCAGCGGCACUGGCACUGGCUUGCUGCACAAGAUUGUCGGCGUGCUCUCUGCCCCGUUCUCGGCCACCAAGGCCGCGCAGCAAGUGGGCAGCAUACGCUGGCGACGACCCAACUCCACCACCACCAACCCGCAGCUCAGCUUCUGCCCGGCCGGUACCGACGACGAGCCGUUUGAGGCGACCACCAUGACCCCGGAUAUGCUACGGGCUGUGCAAGCCCAUCCACUAAUGGUAUCACCGGGUGACAUGGUCUGCUCCCCAAUCUUAGAAGCUGCCGAUAUCAACAUGUCACCCCUACUCCAGUCUAGAUCGGUGCCGAACGCUGCACUCAAGUCUCCCAACGUGCGUGUGUCACGUGGUAACUGUGGUGAUGGAGAUGACAUCCGAUCGCCGUCCAUUCGCCGUCAAGCCUACGCCGGUGCAGGUCCUCAGGCGUCGGGGUGUCGAAUGUCAUUCCAGAACUUUGCCGCAGACGACCACGACAGCGGAUCUCCGGAGUCCGAAGAAGCGGAUCAGGAGGAGGCUCAAGAGCCGGCGAAAACCAAAUCGACGCGCCAAUCUGGUCGCCAGGGGCCACCGAAGCCCGAGCGUAGCAGCACGCUGGCACAACGCCGCACUGCACCGGCAAUGCCACCACUGCAGCCUAUCUGCAGCGUCGGUAGUCCGUCGCACGCAUCGCCUACGCUCUCGGCUAGCACCGCGUCCGGCGUUGGAAUGUGUGCAGAGCUGCGGCCGGCAUCCCCGCUGGCACUGGACAAACGCCGAUCGCCGCGCUUAGCGUCGCGGCUUGCCACCAACGACCACUCCCUGCAGAGGAGUGCUCUCCGCUCCAAGUCUCAGCAUGCGCCACUCUCUCCGUUGGUGUACGAUGGCAGUGCAGCGGCAUCCCCGCACGGCAGGUACCCAUCGCACGGCGCUGCCAUCGGCAUCAAAAGCAUGCAGAACAUGCAGUCUGUGGAUUCGCUUGGUGACGUGUUCAGUACGGACGCCGCAAACUGCACGUACCCAUCGUCACAGCAGCCCGUACAGAGCCCGUGCACGGGCAAGCGACGUCGCACAGAGCUCUCCGACGACGAAGACGAGGACAACGACAAUGGCGAUGAUUGUGUUGAUGGUGUCGCUAGUGGCGGUCAGCGAUCUGCUGCCGUGCCAGCAUCAGUGAACACCAGCGGCCGAGGCACCUCGAUUUCGUUCUGUACUGAUGCACACUACGGCAGUCCAAGUGGUACUGGACAGGCGGCGACGGCGGUGGCGGAGGAUGAAAACCUGCCGCCGUGCAAGAGCACACGCCAGAAAACAAGGCUGUCGCGCGGAACACGAGUCACUCCACAGCAACAGCGUCGCCUACGCCGAUCGACACGCGCACCAUCGCAUUCGCCAUCGCCCACACGCACGCCGCAAUCACGCACCGCUAGCCCAGUGUUCGCUAACGGCGGUGCAGCACCAGCAGCGGUGGCGAUGACCGCCGUCGCCUGCACGGAUGCGUCAUCCAGAACGCGGUCGCCCUACCCUCGUACUCCGCUGCGUAUACACAACACGAAUCGUGACGCCGUCCCAACGGCACAGUUCUCCAUGCACAAGAAAAGUGUAUUCAACACGCCAUCUGCACGUCAACUUGUCUCAUCUGUCCAUGCCGAGGAAUACCAUGCGUUCCGAGCAUUCAACACGCCAGCGUCUCUCAGACACACACAGUGCUACUCGGUGACUCGCCAGAGCAAGCUAGGCGGUGGUCGCAUACAGCGCAGUGCGUCAUGUGAGUCCCUCACCUCCCUGACCACCGCCUCGCCGUUUGCCGGCGGAACGCCAAACAAUCUCGCUGCAACGGGCACGGGUUCGUCGGACUCUCCAGUAGUGGAACUUAGCGAUAUGGCUACCGCCGGGAGAGGCUUUGGACGCCUGCUGGAAAGUCCAUUCUAGUGAGGUGAUUGCAUCUGUCGCGGUCUGUGCCAAUAUUUCUCUUGAAUCGGAUUUAGUAAUCUCAUGUGCUAAUAAAUAUUAUCGACGGUGGUAACUAUGUUCUCAUCCUGCUAGCGCUGUGGCCAGCACUGCUUAGCUACCACUGGCACUGCCGUGCUAGUGUGUAAGCACAGUUAGUUUCCGACUGGCCUCCUCAACGCUGUUCACUGGGUUGGACACAGAUGCUCAACAUAAUGUGUAUCCAAGAUGCAGGGUUUCGAAGAGUUUGUAUGAUCAUGUAUGUCUGCAUGAGAUUCUCUGAUCCCCUUUUUCCCACAUCCAAUGAAGAUAACAAUCAUCUGCUGACUUUACUAUGUUAACUUGCCAUCCUCUGUGUGUCUACCCAUCUGCUAGUCAUUCUCUCUCUGUCUCUCUCUCUGUCUCCUCCCGCUCUCUAUUUAUUUAUCCAUCCAUCGUUCUAUAUUGCUGCGUCACUCCUGAACACACCAUUGGGCCUCACUUCUAUCUUGCUGAAUACUCCUAUGAUUGUUAUCUCACAGCUCCAAAACAAAAUGUAUGCACUCUUCUAUUUUGCUGGGGUGCUGAGUGCUGCUUUUAUUUUCCCUUGCAACCGGUCACUAAGACUUACUUGCUUUUCACAUUCUUUACUAUCCCGGCCGUGGCCAUAUCUGUAGCGUAUUUUUUAGUGAUUUCUUUCAAUUACAUAAAGAGUAAAGACCCCUUUGGGCUAGGAAUAAAAUUAUCCUCACUGUUCGACAUGUACAAAUUUUUUAAAUGUAGAACAAUACCUAAUUAUAGCAGUGUGGAACAACCUGUCAUGCAACCUCCUGUGUGUCCACCCGUA